CUCCUAUCUUCUAUUAGUGUUUACCAAUUUUUGUUACAACGGAAUUGCUUUUACAUGUUCUUGGAUUAGACCAUGGCACAUUCACUCGUUCCUCUCUCACCGGCAGCUAACGCCGUCAGAAUUUCCUCUCCUUCACCGCGGUCACUGCCGCAGGCUCCUCCCGUCGUCCUUGAAGUUCCACCAGUUAAUCGCAGAACAAUUGUGUUGGGGCUAGGCGGGGCGCUAUGGAGUUGGAACGCUUUGACCGCUAAGGAGGAGGCAAUGGCAGCAGCUAGACGGCCACCUCCACCACCACCCAAGGAGAAGAAAGACCCAACCGUGAGCGGUGUUCAGGCCAAGGUAUUGGCUAGCAAGAAGCGCAAAGAAGAAAUGAAGGCUUCCAUUGCUAAACUAAGGGAGAAAGGCAAACCUGUUGUGGAAGCGGAACCAAAGUCUUCUUCUUCGGAGUAGCAACAAUUUAAACCCUUUCAUUAAUUCAUCUGCCUACCAAAUUUAUCCCUAUGAUGUUAAUUCACACUACUGUAUUUCAAUUCACUAUUAUGGUGAUUUCCAACGUGGUAUCAAAUCCAAAAGUAUUCUAGCUUGUCUGAA